AUGCCUGCGACGGAUGCUUCAUAUGCAAACAUUUUGAAAAAAAAUGUGAAUUUAAUUGUUAAGCCAAAAAACAACGAUCAGCCUCAUGCAGCGACAAGACUUAAGAUGCGUCAGUCUGUUGAUCCGGUAACUAAUAACAUUAAAUUUUCUCAAGUAAAAAACAUAAAAAAUGGGGGAUUACUUAUAAAGUGUGAUGGAUCUGAAGAUGCCAGCAAAUUGAAGGAGUUGGCUUCAUUGCACCUUGCUGAUGAUUAUGAAGUCAAGGAAGUGAGGAAGUUUAACCCCCGUUUGAAAAUUGUAGGAAUGUCUGAGUGUAUUGACAAAGAACAGCUCAGUGUUAUACUGAAGUCUCAGAAUAGUGUAUUUCAAAAUGAUAGUGAGUGUACUGUGUUAAAAGUGUGGCCAACUAAGAAGUCAGGUGAUGUUUUUCAAGCUAUUCUAGAUGUUGACAUUGCUACAUACUCGAGUAUUCUUAGUCGAGGCAAUCUGAUUGUUAAUUUUGAAAGCUGCAUUGUAUAUGAUGCAAUCAGUCUGAGGUUGUGUUUUAAAUGUUGUGGGCACAAUCACUACGCUAAAAAUUGUAAAAGCAAAGUUCAAGUUUGUGUAAAAUGCUCUUUAGAUCAUAAAUUAUCUGAGUGUAGGUCGGCCUCUUUGAAAUGUAUCAAUUGUGUCAAUGCUCGACUUCCAAAUUCGAAUCAUGCUGCUUGGGAUGCAGACAACUGCACUUUGUAUAUGAAGAAACUGGCAGAAUAUAAAAAAUCUAUUAUUGGUGAUAUAUAG